GCUGCGUCACUGGUGUUCGGUGCUCACCUCCUGGAGACAGCGGCGGCUGUAGGCCCCAGAGUGGCGUCCCACUCCUGAGGAGCCUGGUCGGCGGCGCGAUGAGGCGCAGCAAGGCCGAGGUGGAGCGGUACAUCGCCUCGGUGCAGGGCUCCGCCCCGUCGCCUCGAGAGAAGUCAAUGAAAGGAUUCUACUUUGCAAAAUUGUACUAUGAAGCUAAAGAAUAUGAUCUUGCUAAAAAAUACAUAUCUGCAUAUAUCAAUGUGCAAGAGAGAGACCCUAAAGCCCACAGAUUUUUGGGUCUUCUUUAUGAAGUUGAAGAAAAUACUGACAAAGCUGUUGAAUGUUAUAAGCGUUCAGUGGAAUUAAACCCAACACAAAAAGAUCUUGUGUUAAAGAUUGCAGAAUUGCUUUGUAAAAACGAUGUAACCGAUGGAAGAGCAAAGUACUGGGUUGAAAGAGCAGCCAAACUUUUCCCAGGAAGUCCUGCUGUUUAUAAGCUCAAGGAACAGCUUUUAGAUUGUAAAGGUGAAGAUGGAUGGAAUAAACUUUUUGACUUGAUUCAGUCGGAACUUUAUGUAAGACCUGAAGAUGUUCAUGUGAAUAUCCGACUAGUAGAGCUUUAUCGUUCAAAUAAAAGAUUGAAGGAUGCUGUGGCCCACUGCCAUGAGGCAGAAAGGAACAUGGCUUUACGUUCAAGUUUAGAAUGGAAUUCAUGUGUUGUACAGACUCUUAAGGAAUAUUUGGAGUCCCUGCAGUGUUCGGAUUCUGAUAAAAGUACUUGGAGAGCAACCAAUAAAGACUUACUUCUAGCCUAUGCUAACCUAAUGCUUCUUACGCUUGCCACCAGAGAUGUGCAGGAAAGUAGAGAACUACUGGAAAGUUUUGAUAGUGCUCUUCUGUCUGUGAAAUCUUCUGUGGGUGGAAAUGAUGAGCUGUCAGCUACUUUCCUAGAAAUGAAAGGACAUUUCUAUAUGCAUGUUGGCUCUCUGCUUUUGAAGAUGGGUCAGCACAGUGACAUCCAAUGGCGAGCUCUCUCAGAGCUUGCUGCAUUUUGCUAUCUCAUAGCAUUUCAGAUUGCAAGACCAAAGGUUAAAUUAAUAAAAGGAGAAGCUGGACAAAAUCUACUGGAAAUGAUGGCCCAUGAUCGACUUAGCCAAUCAGGGCACAUGUUAUUAAAUUUAAGUCGUGGCAAGCAAGACUUUCUAAAGGAGGUUGUGGAAUCUUUUGCUAAUAAAAGUGGCCAGUCUGCUCUCUGUGAUGCUCUGUUUUCCAGUCCAUCAUCCAAGGAUAGAUCUUUCCUUGGUAAUGAUGAUAUUGGAAACCUUAAUGGACAAGUACCAGACCCUGAUGACUUGGAGAGAUAUGAUACUGGUGCUAUUCGGGCACAUAAUGGUAGUCUUCAGCACCUUACCUGGCUUGGCCUACAAUGGAAUUCACUUCCUACCUUACCAGCAAUUCGAAAAUGGCUAAAACAGCUCUUUCAUCAUUUGCCUCAGGAAACCUCAAGGCUUGAAACAAAUGCACCUGAAUCAAUAUGUAUUUUAGAUCUUGAAGUAUUCUUACUUGGAGUUAUAUAUACCAGCCACUUACAGUUAAAGGAGAAGUGUAAUUCUCAUCACACUUCCUAUCAGCCACUGUGUUUGCCACUUCCUGUCUGCAGACAGCUUUGUACAGAAAGACAGAAAUCCUGGUGGGAUGCAGUUUGUGCUCUGAUUCACAGAAAGGCAGUACCUGGAACAUCAGCAAAAUUGCGUCUUCUAGUUCAGCGUGAAAUAAACACUCUGAGAGGCCAAGAAAAGCAUGGCCUUCAGCCUGCUCUACUUGUGCAUUGGGCACAGUGUCUUCAGAAAACAGGCAGCAGUCUUAAUUCUUUUUAUGAUCAGCGAGAAUACAUAGGCAGAAGUGUUCAUUAUUGGAGGAAAGUUUUGCCAUUGUUGAAGAUGAUCAGAAAGAAGACUAGUAUUCCUGAACCUGUUGAUCCUCUAUUCAAACAUUUCCAUAGUGUGGAUAUUCAGGCAUCUGAAAUUGGAGACUAUGAAGAAGAUGCACACAUAACAUUUGCUAUUUUGGAUGCUGUUAAUGGAAAUAUAGAAGGUGCCAUGACUGCUUUUGAAUCUAUUAAAAAUGUAGUUUCUUAUUGGAAUCUUGCACUGAUUUUUCACAGGAAAGCUGAAGACAUUGAAAAUGAUGCUCUGUCUCCUGAAGAACAAGAAGAAUGCAAAAAUUAUCUGAGAAAGACUCGUGACUACCUGAUAAAGAUUUUAGAUGACAGUGAUUCAAAUAUCUCUGUGGUUCAGAAAUUGCCUGUUCCCCUUGAGUCUGUAAAAGAGAUGCUGAACUCAGUUAUGCAGGAGCUUGAAGACUAUAGUGAAGGAGGUACUCUUUAUAAAAAUGGUUGCUUGCGAAGUACAGAUUCAGACAUCAAACAUUCUACACCGUCUCCUACCAAAUAUUCUCUAUCACCAAGUAAAAGUUACAAGUAUUCUCCAAAAACACCACCUCGAUGGGCAGAAGAUCAAAAUUCUUUACUGAAAAUGAUCUGCCAGCAAGUAGAAGCCAUUAAGAAAGAAAUGCAGGAAUUGAAGCUAAACAGCAAUAACUCUGCAUCCCCUCAUCGCUGGCCUGCAGAACAUUAUGGACAAGACCCAGCUCCUGAUGGGUAUCAGGGCUCACAAACUUUUCACGGGGCUCCGCUAACAGUUGCAACUACUGGCCCUUCAGUGUAUUAUAGUCAGUCACCAGCAUAUAAUUCACAGUAUCUUCUCAGACCAGCAGCUAAUGUUACUCCCACAAAGGGGCCGGUUUAUGGCAUGAAUAGGCUUCCACCCCAACAGCAUAUUUAUGCCUAUUCACAACAGAUGCACACACCACCUGUGCAAAGUUCAUCUGCUUGUAUGUUCUCUCAGGAGAUGUAUGGUCCUCCCUUGCGUUUUGAGUCUCCUGCAACAGGAAUUCUAUCACCCAGGGGUGAUGAUUACUUUAAUUAUAAUGUUCAACAGGCAAGCACAAAUCCACCUUUGCCAGAACCAGGGUAUUUCACAAAACCUCCACUUGUAGCUCAUGCUUCAAGGUCAGCAGAAUCAAAGGUUAUGGAAUUUGGAAAAACCAAUUUUGUUCAGCCCAUGCCAGGUGAAGUAAUAAGGCCACCUUUGACAACACCAGCACAUACAACACAGCCAACGCCUUUUAAAUUUAACUCAAAUUUCAAAUCCAAUGAUGGUGACUUCACAUUUUCAUCACAUGUUGUGACACAGCCUCCUUCAGCAGCUUAUAGUAAUAGUGAAAGUCUUUUGGGUCUUCUGACUUCAGAUAAACCUUUGCAAGGAGAUGGCUAUAGUGGACCAAAACCAAUUUCUAGUCAAAUUAUUGGAUCUCGAAACACAUUCAAUUUUGGAAGCAAAAAUGUGUCUGGAAUGACACUUACAGAAAACACGAGCUCAAACCAGCAGAGGAAUUCUGGUUUUCGCAGAAGUGAUGAUAUGUUUACUUUUCAUGGUCCAGGGAAAUCUAUAUUUGCAACACCUGCUUCAGAUCUGGCAAAUAAGAGUUAUGAAACAGAUGGAGGAAGUGCUCAUGGGGAUGAGGAUGAUGACGGGCCUCACUUUGAGCCCGUGGUACCUCUUCCUGACAAGAUAGAAGUAAAAACCGGUGAGGAAGAUGAAGAAGAAUUCUUUUGCAAUCGUGCAAAGUUGUUCCGAUUUGAUGGUGAAUCCAAAGAAUGGAAAGAACGUGGUAUAGGCAAUGUAAAAAUACUAAGGCAUAAAACAUCUGGUAAAAUUCGCCUUUUGAUGAGACGAGAGCAAGUAUUAAAGAUCUGUGCAAAUCACUACAUUAGCUCAGAUAUGAAACUGACACCAAAUGCUGGCUCAGAUAGAUCUUUUGUAUGGCAUGCCCUUGACUAUGCAGAUGAGUUGCCAAAACCAGAACAGCUUGCAAUUAGAUUCAAAACUCCUGAGGAAGCAGCACUAUUUAAGUGUAAAUUUGAAGAGGCCCAGAACAUUUUAAAAGCCUCAGGUACAAAUGUGCCUACAGCACCAAAUCAUAGUAUCAGAAUCGUAAAAGAACCUGCAACUCAUGACAACAAGGAUAUUUGCAAAUCUGAUGGUGGAAGCUUGAAUUUUGAAUUCCAGAUUGUAAAGAAGGAAGGGUCUUGGUGGCAUUGUAACAGCUGCUCAUUUAAGAAUGCUGCAGCUGCUAAGAAAUGUGUGUCAUGCCAAAAUGUAAACUCGGCAAGUAAUAAAGAGCUCCUAGGCCCACGGUUAGGUGAAAAUGGCUUUGCUUCUAAGACAGGCCCAGAAAACACUCAAGAUCAAUUUGCAUUGAUGACUCCAUGUAAGGAAGAUCAUUGGGAUUGCAGUGUUUGUUUAGUAAGAAAUGAACCCACUGUGUCUAGGUGCAUUGCAUGUCAGAACACAAAGUCUGCUAACAAAAAUGGAUCUUCUUUUGUUCAAACAUCUUUCAAAUUUGGGCUAGGAGAGCUUCCUAAGUCUGUUGACAGUGAUUUCAGAUCCGUUUUUUCUAAAAAGGAAGGACAGUGGGAUUGCGAUAUAUGCCUGGUCCGAAAUGAAGGAAGUUCUACAAAAUGUGUUGCUUGUCAGAACCCAGGAAAACAGGCUCUGUCUUCUGUUUCAUCACCUGCCUCUUUUAAGGCAGAUAUAAGUAAAACUCCAAAGGGUGGAUUUGAGGACAUGUUUGCUAAGAAAGAAGGACAAUGGGAUUGUAGUUUGUGUUCAGUGAGAAAUGAAGCAAAUGCUAUAAAAUGUGUUGCUUGUUAUAAUCCUGUUAAACAAAGUCCAUCUGCUGCCUCUUUCAAGUUUGGUACUUCAGAGAUGAAUAAGGCUCCCAGGAGUGGAUUUGAGGGUAUGCUCACCAAGAAGGAAGGACAGUGGGAUUGCAGCCAGUGUUUAGUGCAAAAUGAAGGAAGUGCUACUCAAUGUAUUACUUGUCAGAAUCCAAAUAAACAGAAUCAGCCUACAUCUGCUGUCCCAGCAUCUGCCUCUUCAGAGACAAGCAAAUUUCCUAAGAAUGGAUUUGAAGGAUUGUUUACCAAAAAGGAAGGACAGUGGGAGUGUAGUGUUUGCUCUGUAGAAAAUGAGAGCUCUUCACCAAAAUGUGUGGCUUGUGAUUCCUCCAAGCCAACUCCUAAGUCUACUGUAGAAGCUCCCUCAGCUUUCACAGCAGGCUCAAAAUCACAGUUAAAUGAAUGUGCAGGAAGUCAAGUGGGGACAGAAUUUAAAAGUAACUUUCCAGAAAAAAAUUUUAAAUUUGGCAUUACAGAGCAGAAAUUUAAAUUUGGACUUGUGGAUCAAGAAAAAACACCUUCCUUUGCGUUUCAGGGUUCUAAUACAGAAUUUAAGUCAAUCAAGGAUGGAUUUAGUUUUUCCAUUCCUGUAUCUGCUGAUGGGUUUAAAUUUGGCAUUCCAGAGAAGGGAAAUCAAGAGAAGAAGAAUGAAAAACAUCUUGAAAAUGAUACUGGUUUCCAAGCUCAUGAUGUUAGUGAUCAGAAGAAUGGUAGUAGUGUGAUCUUUGGUCAGUCAAGCAGCACUUUCACCUUUGCAGAUCUUGCAAAGUCAACUGCAAGAGAAGGAUUUCAGUUUGGCAAGAAAGACCCCAAUUUCAAGGGAUUUUCAGGUGCAGGAGAAAAAUUAUUCUCAUCACAAAGUGGCAAAGUGACUGAGAAAGCCAAUACGUCUUCUGAUCUCGAGAAAGAUGAUGAUGCCUAUAAAACUGAGGAUAGUGAUGACAUCCAUUUUGAGCCAGUGGUGCAGAUGCCUGAAAAAGUAGAGCUUGUGACAGGAGAAGAAGAUGAAAAAGUUUUGUAUUCACAGAGGGUGAAAUUAUUUAGAUUUGAUGCCGAGAUAAGUCAGUGGAAAGAAAGAGGUUUGGGGAACUUAAAAAUUCUCAAAAAUGAAGUCAAUGGUAAACUAAGAAUGCUGAUGCGAAGAGAGCAAGUGCUAAAAGUCUGUGCCAAUCAUUGGAUAACCACUACAAUGAACCUGAAGCCUCUCUCAGGGUCAGACAGAGCAUGGAUGUGGCUAGCUAGUGAUUUUUCAGAUGGUGAUGCCAAACUGGAACAGCUGGCUGCAAAGUUUAAAACACCAGAGCUAGCUGAAGAAUUCAAGCAGAAAUUUGAGGAGUGUCAGCGACUUCUCUUAGAUAUUCCCCUUCAGACACCCCAUAAACUUGUAGAUACUGGCAGGGCUGCUAAGUUAAUACAGAGAGCUGAGGAGAUGAAGAGUGGACUGAAAGAUUUCAAAACGUUUUUGACAAAUGAUCAAGUAAAGGUCACUGAUGAAGAGAACAUAAGUUCAGGUGCGGAUGCUUCCAGUGCUUCAGACACAACAGUGAAGCAAAAUCCUGAAAACACUGGGCCUACCUUAGAAUGGGAUAACUAUGACUUACGGGAAGAUGCCUUGGAUGACAGCAUCAGCAGCAGCUCAGUACAUGCUUCUCCAUUGGCAAGUAGCCCUGUUCGGAAAAACCUUUUCCGCUUUGGUGAGUCAACUACAGGAUUUAAUUUCAGUUUUAAAUCUGCCUUGAGUCCAUCUAAGUCUCCUGCUAAGUUGAAUCAGAGUGGAACUUCAGUUGGCACUGAUGAAGAAUCUGAUGUUACUCAAGAAGAAGAGAGAGAUGGACAGUACUUUGAGCCUGUUGUACCCUUACCUGAUCUAGUUGAAGUAUCCAGUGGUGAAGAAAAUGAACAAGUUGUUUUUAGUCACAGAGCAAAACUCUAUAGAUAUGAUAAAGAUGUUGGUCAAUGGAAAGAAAGAGGCAUUGGUGAUAUAAAGAUUUUACAGAAUUAUGAUAAUAAGCAAGUUCGAAUAGUUAUGAGAAGGGACCAAGUAUUAAAACUUUGUGCCAAUCACAGAAUAACUCCAGAUAUGACUUUGCAAAAUAUGAAAGGGACGGAAAGAGUGUGGGUAUGGACUGCAUGUGAUUUUGCAGAUGGAGAAAGAAAAAUAGAACAUUUAGCUGUUCGUUUUAAACUACAGGAUGUUGCAGAUUCAUUUAAGAAAGUUUUUGAUGAAGCAAAAACAGCCCAAGAAAAAGAUUCUUUGAUAACCCCUCAUAUUUCUCAUUUGAGCACUCCUAGAGAGUCACCAUGUGGCAAAAUCGCUGUAGCUGUAUUAGAAGAAACCACAAAAGAAAGGACAGAUUUAACUCAGGGAGAUGAGGAAAUAGAUGCAACUUCAGAAGCCGGAGAAACAUCUAGCACUUCUGAAACAACACCAAAAGCAGUGGUUUCUCCUCCAAAGUUUGUAUUUGGCUCAGAGUCUGUUAAAAGCAUUUUUAGUAGUGAAAAAUCAAAGCCAUUUGCAUUUGGUAAUAGUUCAGCUACUGGAUCUUUGUUUGGAUUUAGUUUUAAUGCACCUUUAAAAAACAGCAACAGUGAAGUUACUUCAGAAGUUCAGAGUGGAUCUGAAGGAAAAAUAGAACCUGCCAAGUGUGAACCACAGGCUAACAUCAGACAGUCUUCAGAUGGCAAAGACAGAAAUGUCAUUGCCUGUCCAAAGGAGGAGUCUUUACCAGGUUACACAUUUAAAGCACCAGAAAAGGUUUGGUUACCAUAUCUUAGCAGUUGUUUUGACUUGGUUACAGCACAAGAGAAGAGUAAACCUGAAGAUCCUCCCUCAGAUACUGAUGUUCUCAUUGUGUAUGAGCUCACUCCCACUCCUGAGCAAAAAGCCCUUGCAGACAAACUAUUGCUUCCUCCAACUUUCUUUUGUUACAAGAAUAGGGCAGAUUAUGUUAGUGAAGAAGAGGAGGAUGAUGAAGAUUUUGCAAUGGCUGUCAAGAAACUUAAUGGAAAACUCUAUCUGCAUGACUUAGAAAAAUAUAGACAAUGGGAAGAAAAUCUAGCAGAAAAUGACAAAGAAUGUGUUAUUGUUUGGGAAAAGAAGCCAACAGUUGAAGAGAGAGCAAAGGCAGACACUUUGAAGCUCCCCCCUACAUUUUUCUGCGGAGUCUGCAGUGAUACAGAUGAGGACAAUGGGAACGGAGAGGAUUUUCAGUCAGAGCUUCAAAAAGUUCAUGAAGCUCAGAAAUCCCAGAGUGAGAAAAUAACUGAUGCAGUUCGUAAUGCACAUACAGGUGAUACUGAAGUGAUAGACCCUUUUUUUUAUAAGUCUGAAGAACCUAAUUCUAGCACCAAAUCUGGUAGCUUAUCUCCUGUUUCUGGGACUAUGGACAAGCCUGUAGAUUUGUGUACUAGGAAAGAAACUGACACGGAAGUCCCAAGCCAAGGGGAAAGCAAGACUGUUUUGUUUGGAUUUGGAAGUGGUACAGGACUGUCAUUUGCAGACUUGGCUUCAAGUAAUUCUGGGGAUUUUGCUUUUGGUUCUAAAGAUAAAAAUUUCCAGUGGGCCAAUACUGGAGCAGCUGUGUUUGGAGCACAGUCAACAAGUAAAAGUGGUGAAGAUGAUGAGGGCAGUGAUGAAGAAGUAGUUCAUAAUGAGGAUAUUCAUUUUGAACCCAUAGUCUCACUACCAGAGGUAGAAGUGAAAUCUGGAGAAGAAGAUGAAGAAAUUUUAUUCAAAGAGAGAGCCAAACUUUAUAGAUGGGAUAGAGAUGUCAAUCAGUGGAAGGAGAGAGGUAUCGGAGAUAUAAAGAUUCUUUGGCAUACAAUGAAGAAUUAUUAUCGGAUCCUAAUGAGAAGAGACCAGGUUUUUAAAGUGUGUGCAAACCAUGUUAUUACCAAAACCAUGGAAUUAAAACCUUUAAAUGUUUCAAAUAAUGCUUUAGUGUGGACUGCCUCAGAUUAUGCCGAUGGAGAAGCAAAAAUUGAACAGCUUGCAGUGAGAUUUAAAACAAAAGAAAUGACUGAGUGUUUUAAGAAAAAAUUUGAAGAAUGUCAACAAAAUAUAUUGAAACUCCAAAAUGGACAAGUAUCCCUUGCAGAAGAGUUAUCAAAGGAGACCAAUCCUGUAGUAUUCUUUGACAUUUGUGCGGAUGGUGAACCUCUAGGACGGAUAAUUAUGGAAUUAUUUUCAAAUGUUGUUCCUCAAACUGCUGAGAACUUCAGAGCUUUAUGCACUGGAGAGAAGGGCUUUGGUUUCAAGAACUCUAUUUUUCACCGAGUAGUUCCAGAUUUUGUUUGCCAAGGGGGAGAUAUCACCAAACAUGAUGGAACAGGAGGACAGUCCAUUUAUGGAGAUAAAUUUAAAGAUGAAAACUUUAAUGUGAAGCACACUGGCCCUGGCUUGCUUUCCAUGGCCAAUCGGGGCCGGGAUACCAACAAUUCUCAGUUUUUUAUAACACUGAAGAAAGCAGAACAUUUGGACUUUAAACAUGUAGUAUUUGGGUUUGUUAAAGAUGGCAUGGAUACUGUGAGAAAGAUUGAAUCGUUUGGUUCUCCUAAAGGGUCUGUUAGUCGAAGAAUUAGUAUCACAGAAUGUGGACAGCUAUAAAAUAAUUUCACAGCAAAUUUUAUCUAUAUAAACAGUCGAAUUGAUGCUCAAUUGUUACAGACAAUAUGGUAAUUAUGUUCACCUUUUGAAAACAGACAUUUCUAAUGUAUAAAUGUAAAAUUGUAGCUUAUAGCUGUUGUCACUUUUUAAUGCGUGAUAAUUGAUCUUGCAUGGUGUGAAAUAAAAGUUUAAACACUGGUGUA